AUGGGCAAACUAAUUAAGAACCACUGGGCCCGUCUCAUCAUCCUCACCGCCUCAGCCUACCAAAUCGCGGCAGCGAUGGAAGGCUUCUUCUGGCCCAAGGUCUUCUGGGACUUUGCUACCAAGAACCUCGAUGGUGCCGUGAAACCCUUCCCUGUUCUUCAGGUGCUCAACCUUCUCUUUGGGAUUACGGGUUUACUCUGGGAGUGGCCACUCAGUUUCAUUGCCCAAACACCGAUACACAGGUCCAUCGAGGCGAGGCUGGCCUUCUAUCCGCUGAGCGCGCUGAUGGCGAUCUUGCUGUAUCAGGCGACAAAUCCGGCGAUCUAUUAUUUGGUGGGCGUCGGAGUGUAUUUUUGGGCAUAUAGCGAGGGGGAGAGUGUAGCUGCUGUGCCAUGGACGUUACCCAAGAGGCUGGGUAGCUCGCCUAGAGAAAAGGUCUGA